AUUUCAUUUUCCACUCAAGUCGAGUCAGGGGUGUGCAAUAUACAGCAUCGUCUCUGAUAAUAUGUGGACACCGUGCUCAGACACUUCUCAGACAGCAGUGUUUCUGUAGAUGGACCCCCAGAGCAGUGCUGUGGAGGAAGUGUGUCCCGCAGUUGCAGCGAUCGAGUUGUUCCACUUGGCCCUGCCCACUCUGGCACUGAUGUUGAGGGGUCUGAAACUGCCCCUAGCGAGCCUGUUAGCAUCUCACACAUAUGUAGCAGGUGGUGGGGGUUGAAGCGGUUAGAUUAUGUGCUGUACUGUCCAGAUGUGCUCACCACAUUUCCCACUAUAGCACUGCCUCACCUUUUCCACGCAUCAUACUGGAAGUCCACGGAUGCUGUGGCUUUUAUUCUUAGACAGGUAAUGCAAUGCGACUGUCUGAAGGGUGGGGAAGGCGAUUGUUCGGAUGCUAUUCCCAUCUCUCCAUCCAGCCCCCGCGAGAAAUGGCUUCGCAGACGGACACAGGUCAAACUACGGAAUGUAACGGCGAAUCACAGAGUUCAUGAUGUCAUCGUGACAGAAGAUGGCCCGCAGACACUGGUGGGGCGGUUUAUGUAUGGCCCUCUUGACAUGGUGACCCUAACGGGAGAGAAGGUGGAUGUGUUUUUAAAGGCACAGCCUGCCUCUGGCCGUUGGGUGCUGUUCGACACUGUGGUGACCAGCAGCAGCGGACGGGUGUCCUACACCAUGCCUGAUAAUAAAAGACUCGGAGUAGGUGUCUACCCCAUCAAAAUGGUGGUCAAAGGUGAUCAGACAAGUGCAGAGGCAUUCCUCACAGUGUUGCCACGGGGAAUGGAGUGUGUGGUGUUUAGUAUUGAUGGCUCUUUUGCUGCCAGUGUCUCCCUUAUGGGCAAUGAUCCCAAAGUCCGCCCUGGAGCUGUGGAUGUGGUCAGACACUGGCAGGAUCUUGGGUAUCUGAUCAUCUACAUUACUGGCCGUCCUGACAUGCAGAAGCAGAGGGUGGUGUCUUGGCUCUCUCAGCACAACUUCCCUCAGGGCAUGGUCUUCUUCGCAGAAGGACUCGUCCAUGACCCCUUGCGUCAGAAAACAAUUUUUCUGAAGAGUCUAGUAAAAGAGUGUCACAUUAAUAUUAGUGCAGCGUAUGGAUCUAUGAAGGACAUGUCUGUGUACAGCACAUUGGGAUUGGCACCUAAUCAGAUAUACAUUGUAGGCAGGCCAUCCAAGAAACAUCAGCAUCAGUGCCAGUUUCUGAGUGAAGGCUAUGCAGCUCACCUCUCCAUUCUUGAGUUUGAGCAUGGCUCACGCUCCAAAAAAAACCGAAUGGUGCUUCGUCAGGGAUCUUUUGGCCUUUCCUCCAAAACAGACUUCCUAUCUCCAUCCCCAGACUUUCUAUCCUGCAAGCGCACUCCGCUGCUGCGUCGAGCCAUGUCUGUUCAGCAGCCAUCACCGCCUUCAUCAUCUGUCUCCACCCCCAAACCUGAGCGUGCUCAGAGCCAGCCUGAAUCUCAUAAAGAUGGACCAGAGAUUCGCAUCCAGACCGAUGAUCAAGAUGAAGAGGAGGAAGAGGAGGGGAGAAUACAGGAUGUUGUACUGUAAAGGAACUCCAUGAGUUGUGGGGAAAGGCACACGCAGAAGAAGUACGUUUUCAAACACAUCAAGAUCUCAUCUCAGACCAGAAGAACUGUUCAUAUGAUAUGUAGACUCAAUAGAUGAUCUCCAUGGUA